AUGGAUGAGUUCAAUACUUCGGCAGCUCGAGAUCAAACCGAGGGUCAUAAAGCACUUUUAGAAUUAGAAGCGAAAUUUAAUAAAAAAUCACGUUCAGCAGCUUUAAACAUUCAAGGCUCUCAAAUCCAAGCGCUCACUGGUUUCAUUCAUAUUUUUGAACAAUACCCCUAUCCUGUUGUCAUUAAUGCUGCCAUUUUGAAAUUAGCUGAUUGGUUUCGAACAUAUAACAACAAUGUUAAAUAUUAUGUAUAUAAAGUAUUUAAGGAAGCCUCAGAUCUCCAUUUGGCUAAAGUGAUCAACGUAGAAGAAACCGUGAGACGUAUCCUACCCAUUCUCGGUAGUAACGACACGAUUGCCCGCUCCAUUACCUUGCGUGUUCUUGGUUGUAUGUCUAUGAUUAUCGCAGAGAAAUUGGAUGUUCAAUUUGGUAUCAUUCAACGAUUGGAAUUAGCUACUGACCGAAUUGAACUCGAAGCUGCUAUAUGGGCAGGAGAUCAAAUAUGUGCAAGAUCAAACAGAUUUCCCUCUGUCAUUUUCUCAAAAGUAGCAGACAAACUUGAAAAAGCAGAUACGCCAUUUGAUAUCAAAUUGCGGCUAGUCAAGAUAUUUCGUCAUAUGCAUCAGGAUAUUGGCAUGGCAAGACAGGCAAAAUUAGCAUGUUUAAACCUUUUAAAUAAUACGAACACUGAGAGCAAGCUAGUCAUUGUAACAUUAAGAACAUUGACAUUGUUGCUGAGUGAAGCUGUCAUUGACCGCAAGGAACAGGUAUAA